AUGGAUGUACUAACCGAUGAUAACUUUUUACGCGAAAAUGGUUUAACUAAGACAGUUGGUAUGAAUUCGGGUGCAACAUCAAAUGUAAAUGAUAUCGAUGAUGCACCUGAUUAUAAUGAAGAAUUCCCACAUUUGAAAUCUGCGAAUUCAUUGGACUUGACUCGUUCGAGUACAUUUUUUUCGUCGUCAUCAUUUGCAUCAUCACUAAAUGGAUCUUUAGGUAAUACAACAGCAGCAUUAUAUACUUCGUCGAGAAUCGAUGAGGAUCGACGACGGCAAAUAGCCAUUCAUGAAAAAUCAGCUACAACUAAAAUCAUUGAAAUUCCUCCGGAAGAGCGUAUUACGGAUAAUCCUCGACGUGGUGGUGGUAAUCAGUCAACACGUAAUGGCAUUGGUAGUAAUCUAUCGGUUAAUAAUGGACCACCAUUACAAAAACUGUGUAUCAGAAUUCAAAAAGAAACAUCUACCAACAUAACAUUUUUUCAUAAAGAUGAAACAUUAAUAGUCACUAUAACCGGUCGACCCGAACAAGUUCGCUCAGCACAAGUACAAAUUCUUCGCGAACUGCAAAAACCAGUUAAAAUUGCAGUUAAUAUUCCAUUAGAUUUUCAUCGUUUUAUUAUUGGUCCACGAGGUGCAACAUUAAAACAUUUAGAACAAGAAACAUUAACGCGUAUUGCUGUACCACGACAAGAAAGUCAAUCGGAUGGAAUAGUUAUUUCAGGUGCUAAAGAUAAUGUUAAAUUAUGUGAACAAAAAAUUCUCGAAUUAUAUCAUAUACAAGAAAAUAAAGGUUAUGAACGUCUAUCAAUACCAUAUCUAUAUCAUCCAUGGAUUCGUCAUCAGCUUGUCGAAGAAUUACGUCGUCAAUUGAAUGUUACUAUUGAUUUACCACCGCUAAUUAAACAAACUGAUGAAAUAUCUAUACGUGGUGAACGUGAACCCGUGGAAAAGGCGAAAACAACAAUUAUGCAAUUUUUUCAAAGUUUGGAAGGAAAAAUCAUGACGUUUCCACUUGAAAUACCAUGUGAACAACAUCGUUUUAUAUUAGGAAAAAAAGGUGCCGGCUUAAAAGAAAUCUUCGAUAAAACCAAUGUUGUUGUUCGCAUUCCAAAUCAAGAAGAAAAUUUGCCAAUUAUUCAAGUUAUUGGUGAAACAUCAAGAAUCGGUGAAGCAAUUACCAUGAUUUAUAAAAUGGCCAAUGCUUUAACUGCGGUUCGAAUCAAUGCGCCACAUUGGAUGCAUAGUGUCGUCAAAGGUGAACGUAGUGGCAAUCUUGACAUAAUUAAAAAAUCUCAUCCAGAUGUUCGCAUCUUUUUUCGUGAUGAUCAUAUUGCUGUCGAAGGUCCGCCAGAAGAAGUUGAACUAGUUCGUGGUCAAAUUCAAACGGUUAUUGAUGAUUUACGAAACAAUAAUACGACAUACUUAGAAAUGGACAUCGACCCAAAUUAUUAUAAACAAUUAAUAGGAAAAAAUCAAAUACGUCUAACGGAAAUGCAAGAACAAACAGGAUGCGAUAUUAAAUUUCCUUUUGAUGAAAGUCGUGUUGUUAAAUUAAUGGGUACGAAAGAAAGUGUUGAUAAAGCGCGACAAGUCCUACUGGAACGAGUACAAAAAUUGUCCAAUGAACGUACAACUGGUGUGAGCAUUGAUCCUCAAUAUUAUCCGCAAAUCAUAGGUGCCAAAGGUAAAAAAUUAGAAGAAGUUCGUUCAAAAUUUCACAAUAUACAAAUAACAUUUCCCGAAGCCAAUGGCAAAAGCGAUAAAGUUAUUUUACAUGGUGACAAAGAGGAUGUUGAAAAAUGCUCAAAAUUUUUACAACAAAAAAUCAAAGAUCUCUAUUCAACGGAAAUCGAACUAUCGAAACGUUUCUAUCCAUUGUUAAUAGGAAAAAGUGGUGCAAAUAUUCAACGUUUACGUGAACAAAUGCCUGAUGUUCGUAUUGAUGUUCCGGCUGUAGAUGAUAGCGAAGAAUUUCUUCACAUUCGUUUGAGUGGUAAACGCAUUGAUGUUGAUAAAGGACGAAAAAUCCUCGAUGAACAUUUAAAUCAAUUAAGAGUCUCAUUAGAAAAUUCCAUUGAACAACACAUAACCAUAGAUCCAAAAUGGCAUAAUCGAUUUUUUAUGAAUAAACGUAAAUUAUUAAAUAAUUUACAAAAAAAAUCUGGCGAUGCGUUAAUUAAGUUUCCUGAACGUAAUAUCAAUAGCGAUCAAAUCUUAUUACGUGGUACAAAACAAGCCGUCGAACAAGUAAGAAAAUGUUUAGAAGAAUUAAUUGACACUUGGGAAAAUACGACAACUAAAGAAAUAUCAAUUCCACAUCGUCAUCAUGGCUAUUUACUUGCGCAAGGUGGCUUCUAUAUUCAACCAAUACAAAAACAAUUUAACGUUCAAAUUAAAUUUCCACCACGUAAUAACGAACAAGAUUCACCGAACGAUGAUAUUGUUCGUAUUAUUGGUCGUACGGAUGACAUUGAACAAGCUGUAGUUGCCUUAGAAAAAAUGAUACCAAUUGAAACAACAGUUGAUAUUACAUUUGAAGCUCAUGGUCAUUUACGUGGUACAGGUGGUAGUCAAAUACAAACAUUAGUAGAAAAAUAUCCGGAUGUAAAAAUAACAUUUCCAUCAUCGAAUUCAUCAUCGAAUAAUAUACAUUUGAAAGGUCAAGCCGAACAAGUUGAAGGGUUUAAAAAAGAAUUACUCGAACGCUAUGAAAAAUAUCUUGCUGACAAACAAGCACGAUCAUUUGAAACACGAUUUACAAUUAAAUCGGAAUUUCGCUCGAUAAUUAUUGGCAAUCGUCGACGUAGAAUUAAUGAUUUAAAACAAAAAUACGAUGUUAAUAUACAAAUCUUAAAUAAUCAAGUACCACCAUCAGCUGUUGUACCAGUACCACCGCCAAUGACGAAUGGUGAACAACAACAUGAUGAUCAACAAGCAAUACCAGUUGAUAAUCCGUCGUUAACAACCGAAUCAACAUCUAGUGAAGUUGAAGUUUUAAUAAGGGGCUAUGAAGAUAAAGCAUUAAAAUGUCGAGAUGAAAUACUGAAAUUAAUAGGAGAUUUUCAAUCAACGAUAACAAUGGAAAUGGAUAUUGACCAUCGUGUGCAUGCACGUAUUAUUGGUACAGGUGGACAAAAAUUACAGCAGAUUGUAAAAGAAUAUAAUGUUGAUAUAAAAUUUCCAAGUGAUAAUAGGAGUAAUAAAGUACAUGUUAUUGGUACAAAUCAGGAGAAUAUCGAUGCUUGUAUUGAUCAUUUAUCGAUCUUAGAAGAAGAUUUUCUUGAAGAUUUACCAUACAAAAAUAAAACACAAAAUGAUACACGAUCAGGACAGCAGUCAUCAAAUGUUCAACAACGACAGCAAGAAGUGCCAUCGGCGAACAAUUCAAAUACGAAUAAGUCAACAAAAAAUAAUGAUAAACAAACUGCCUUUAAAGUUAAAAAUGCACCAUGGGCAGCAUCAGAACACAAUGGAUAUGAAGAUCAACAGGAAACUGUUGUCAAGGAACGUAGAAAUUCAUCGAGAAAAGGACAUCGUACGCCAAAUAAAGAUGAUUUAGGUGAAUUUCCGUCGUUUGCCAACGGUGUAACAUUAUCGACUGAUGAAAAUUCAUCAAAAAUACACGAAACAACAGUGAAUUCAAUACCAAUCAUUUGGGGUCCUCAAAAACGAAAUAAAUAA